GUGCCGCCACGCCUUCAGGGCCCCCCCCUUCUCUGCUUGCCUUCCAGCCGGCCGCCGCGGCCAUGGGGCUGAAGAGCGCCCAGAAGGCCCUGUUCCCCCUGCGCUCCGUCUCUGAUGUGGUGCGCCUCUUCGAGCUGGAGCUGCGCCGGGAGCAGCCGGACCUGGUGCUCCUCUCCCUGGUGCUGGGCUUCGUGGAGCACUUCCUCGCCGUCAACCGGGUGCUCCCCACCAACGUGCCCGGCAUCAGCUUCGAGCCGGCCCAGGGCCCCGACAGCCUGACGUACUUCCCGGUGGCCGACCUGAGCAUCGUUGGCGCGCUGCACGCCCGCUUCACUGCCCAGAUCCGGGGGGCCGUGGACCUCUCGCUCUACCCCCGGCCCGACGGGUUCUCCUCCCGGGAGCUCGUCAAGAAGGUCUCGGACGUGAUCUGGAACAGCCUGAGCCGCUCCUACUUCAAGGACCGAGCCCACAUCCAGUCGCUGUUCAGCUUCAUCACAGGUACCAAAUUAGACAGCUCCGGGGUGGCCUUUGCGGUGGUCGGGGCGUGCCAGGCCCUGGGGCUUUUCGAUGUGCACCUCGCCCUCUCGGAAGAUCACGCAUGGGUCGUCUUCGGCAAGGACGGUGAGCAGACAGCGGAGGUCACGUGGCACGGGAAAGGCAACGAGGACCGGCGUGGGCAGACGGUCAACUCGGGCGUGGCUGAACGGAGCUGGCUGUACCUGAAGGGCUCCUACCUGCGUUCUACUCGGCAAAUGGAGGUGGCGUUCAUGGUCUGUGCCAUCAAUCCCUCCAUCGACCUGCACUCGGACAGCCUGGAACUGUUGCAGCUCCAGCAGAAGCUAUUAUGGGUCCUCUACGACAUGCACCAUUUGGAGAGGUAUCCCAUGGCUUUAGGGAACCUGGCGGAUCUGGAGGAACUGGAACCCACUCCGGGCCGUCCUGACCCCCUUUACAUUUACCACCAGGGGAUCAGCUCAGCCAAGCAGUAUUACCAUAACGAGCACAUUUAUCCGUACAUCUACUUGGCCAGCUACCACUGCCGUAACAAAAACGUCAAGGAAGCGCUGGAGGCUUGGGCUGACUCGGCUACGGUUAUCCAAGAUUAUAACUACUGCCGAGAAGAUGAAGAGAUUUACAAGGAAUUCUUCGAUGUGGCCAAUGAUGUCAUUCCCAACUUGCUAAAAGAGGUGGCCAGCCUUGCGGACUCCAUUGAGGAGAAGGGAGCUGGGGAGAGAGGGGAGGCCUCACCAUCUCAAGCAGGUGGCUCGGCGUUGCAGGAUCCUGAGUGCUUUGCCCAUCUCCUGCGCUUCUAUGAUGGCAUCUGCAAGUGGGAAGAGGGCAGCCCCACGCCUGUUCUUCAUGUGGGCUGGGCCACCUUCCUCGUCCAAUCCCUGAGCCGUUUCGAUGGGAUGGUGCGGCAAAAGGUGACCCUCGUGAGCCGGGACAUGGAUGCGAACGAUGACGAUGACCAAGGCAGUGAGGACCCCCGGGAGGGUCGGCGUCGGGGCCCCCGACGAGAGUCCAAACCAGAAGAGCCACCUCUGGCCAAGAAGGCAACGGAGCGCCGGCGUCCCAGUUCCAGCCAGCGACCGGACAGGCCCCUUCUGGAGAAGGAGGAGGGCCUCAGCAGUGGGUCCAGCCCCCCUCCCGAAGGGCCAGUCCUCACCUUCCAGAGCGAGAAGAUGAAGGGCAUGAAGGAGCUCCUGGUGGCUGCCAAGAUCAACUCGAGCGCCAUCAAACUGCAGCUCACGGCCCAGUCUCAGGUGCAGCUGAAGAAGCAGAAGGUCUCGGCCCCCCGGACAUAUGCCCUCUCCUUCCUCAAACGGCCACGGAAGUCCCUCUGAACGCUGGUCCCCAGAGGGGAGAGCCACAUGCAGGAGGAAGGCAGGACAAGAAACAUUCCGAUUUGUUGGCAAAGAUUUGCUUGGCCCCCUCCGCCGCCGCCUCCUAUUAUCCCCUGGCCAAAAUUGGAGAGGACUUGAUCGUCCUCUCCACACCUCGUUGGCGUCUUUGCCGGUUGGUCCUCAACCCUCAGCUUUCGAAGCUGAAUUUGGGUCCUGCCACCUCGCCAAGCCCAGGAGGAGCAUCAUUUCAAGGGAUCCAGGAGAUAAAGCACAAGGCCCCGGGGAUGUGAAGAAGGGAUGGGGAGUGGAGAUUUGGAAUGACAUCCCACUGUCCAAAGAAACUCGGUGGGCGUUUUUUACACCCCUCUCUCUCUUACUCUCCGAUUUGCAAAUGGGACAUGGGAUACGAGUGUUCGUUGUGACCAGCAGAUGUGAAUCUUGAACAAUUGAAUAUCAGAACAUAACUUGAUUUGAAUGUCAAAACAUAGUGGGUUGUUUUUUUGUUUUUUGUUUUUUAAAAGAUCUGUAGCGUUAAUGUCAUAAGAAACCAGGGGACAAGUAUGAGAUCACCUGAAGAAAAUGGAUAAGAAAAAGAUGGAAGGAGCGGUGUGCACACAACGGCAAACAAAUUCUCCAAGCGACAGCUACUGAUAAAAAAAAUAAUCAGGUGUUAUCCCAAGAACAUUAUCUUUUAUAGGUGAUCAAGAUCAUUUCUGAAGGAUCUGAGUGGAGGCUUUGGUUCUGCAAUAGUAUAGAUCGGUGUUUCUCAACUUUUGCAACUUUAAGAUGGGUGGACUUCAACUCCCAGAAUUCCCCAGCCAGCAUGCUUUAAGAGAUGUGGAUUUCAACUCCUAGAAUUGAAUUGAGGAUGCUGGCUGUGGAAUUCUAGAAGAUGAAGUUCGCCCAUCUUAAAGUUGCAAAGGUUGAGAAACACUGGUAUAGGUGAUAGGAAUUUUUCGUAGAGCUUUGCAGAGACUGAAUUAAUACAUUUUAAGACUCUUUUUGUAUAUAAA